AUGGCUCACUCCGACAUAAUCUUCUUCAACCUCUUUCAAUUCUUCUGCUUCUUCAACAUCUUAAUCACUGCAAAAUCGGAGACCUUAUUUGUCCGGAAAUUAUCGCCAUCACUCAAGAAGCUGACCCAUCUUAGCCUUUAUCUCCACGACAUCCUCACCGCGCAACACCCGACGGUUGCAAUCGUCCCCCAGGCCGCAUCGACUAACCAGUCGCAGAGCUCCUUCAUUGCUGUCGUGGUCUUCGAUGACCCACUGACCAUGAGCCCCGAUCCAAGCUCAAGGCUUGUUGGGAGGGCCCACGGUGUGUAUGUGUUGUCGCUACCAGACCUCAGCCUCACAGCGACGAUCAACUUGGCUUUCACCAAAGGGGAAGACAACAGGAGCACCUUGAGCGUGCUAGGGCAAAGCCGGAAUCUCGCUCGGCUGAGGGAGCUUACGGUCGUCGGAGGAACCGGCGUUUUCCAACUGGUUCGCGGUUACAUUCAAGUGAGCACUUACUCCUAUGAUGCGAAGACGAAGAAUGCUGUUUUGAAGUACGAUGUGUACUUGCAACAUUAUUGA